AUGGGGGUUAAUGGUACAUUCCCAAAGAAAUCGGCUAAUGAUGCAAGGAAAAUAAAGAAGAGGAAGUCACAGAGGAUGCAAAGGACGGGGAGUGUGCCACAGAGGAAACAAAGGACAAUGAGUUUGCAGCCUAUAAGGGAGCAGUUGUUGGACGUGAUGGUGUGGGACAUCUUGAUCCGGCUGCCCGUGGAGUCCCUGGCGAGGUUUAAGUUGGUUAGCAAGGCCUGGUGCCACCGCAAUAUGUUGCAGCACUCCACCUGCCUUCCGAUUGGUUUCGGCCUUGAUGUUUCCACUGGAACAUAUAAGGUUGCACGGUCUUUCUACCGUUCCUGUGAUUGCAGUUCGGUUGCAAUGGGAAUGGAGGUCUUCACUAUUAAUGGUGACGAGGGCAACUGGAGGGAAACCUUGCUGGAUCCACCAUACCCUAUUAUCUGUCCGCAAACUGCCAUACACUGCAAGGGUUCCCUAUUCUAUUUCAUAGAUAAGAAAAUUCAACAAUGUCCCCCGCAGGCGCUGCUUCGUUUCUGCCUUCAAGAUGAAACAUUUGGUAUCACUCCAUUGCUUAACAACGUGUACCCUACAGUAGAAGAUGAUGACGAUAUUGUUCUCCAUGAGCUUGAUGGGGAAUUAUGUGCUACUUUCUUUAGCAAGUGUGUGCAACGAGUAUUGGUCUGGGUGGCAAGAGAUAUUGUGAAUCCAGAGUGGGAUUGUCAUUAUGUAAUCAAUGUCUCAGAUCACUGUUGUCCAGUGGCCUCACUUAGCAUCGCUGGUCGAUUUCUCUUACGAAGAGGUCAUUGUCUAAUCCAUUAUUACAUGAAAGCUCAUGGUGUAAAAGAAGAGGAUAUAUUUGAUAUGGAUGACCUAAGGUUCCUUGGGCCCAUUGAAGACACCUUGGGCCAUGCAUGGAAAAAUUUAUGUGUGUUUGAGCUACUUUAUUACACUGCAAGCCUUGUUUCUAUUACUCCUAAGGCGAGCUUACAAGCUUCAUAA